AUGGACAAGUACCUGCAGCGCGUGGGCAUCGACGACGAUGCGUCAUUGUCGGCAAACUACGAGACGCUCGCAAAGAUUAUGGAGGCCCAGUCGCGCUCGAUUCCCUUCGAGAACAUCGAUGUUGUAUGCGGCAAGACGAUCUCCAUCGUGCGCAGCGACAUCGCGCGGAAGCUCAUCGACGAGCAGCGCGGCGGCUACUGCUGGGAGUUGAACGCGCUGUUGCAGAUGGCGCUGGAAGCUCUCGGUUUCAAGGUGGCGCCGAUGAUGUGCCGCGUGCGCUGGAACAAACCGAGCGAUGCGGACGGUCCUGUCUCGACGUACACGCACAUGGCGCUUCGCGUUGUGAUUGGAGGCAAAGCUUGGCUCGCUGACGUCGGUUUCUCGGGCGUCAAUUCGAUCGCGCCCGUGGAACUGAACCACGAAGUCGAGCAGAAACGCCCCGAGGGCACGUUCCGCAUCUCGCGCGAGGGAGACUACUCGGCGCUGCAGCUCUCGGUCAAGGGCGCCUGGUCCAGCCUCUACAAGUGGCGCGACGAGCCCGCCGCCCUCUGCGACCAGGAGGCCGCGAAUUGGUACAGCUGCACGUUCCCGACCGCGCGGUUCACGACGUCGUUUUUCGUUUGCCGCGUCGUCGGACACGAGCGCCACCACAUCCUCAACGGGGAGUACUGCGUGCGCGAGGGCCACGGCGCCGAUCGCGCGACGACCAAGCGGCGCAUCCGAGACGAAGCGGACCUCCGCGACCUGCUCGCCGCGGUCUUCGGCCUCUGUCUCGCGGCCGGCGCGCACCCGGGCCUCGGCCGCUACCUCACGAAGUAA